AUAAGGGGAUCAGAAGAUGGGUAAUAAUAAUAAUAAUAAUAAUAUAGUAAUAAUAAUAGCAUUUUAUAAGGGGAUCAGAAGAUGGGUAAUAAUAAUAAUAAUAAUAAUAAUAAUAAUAAUAAUAAUAGCAUUUUAUAAGGGGAUCAGAAGAUGGGUAAUAAUAAUAAUAAUAAUAAUAAUAAUAAUAAUAAUAACAUCCCCGCAGGACCAGAAGGUUUACGUCCAACACCGAAUCCUCGAAAACCAGCCGCUGCUUUGGGAUCUGGUGCGUCGCGGCGCCUGGAUCUAUUUGGCCGGGUGAGUCGUAGCGCCGCCGGGCGCCGGGCUGGGAAUCCUCGAACCCGCCACCCUCCUAUUAUUAUUACUAUUAUUAUUAUUAUUAUUAUUAUUAUUCCAGGAGCGCCAAGGAGGUUCCCGACGCCGUGGCCGCCGCCCUGCGCGCCGCGUUCCAGUCCCAAGGCGCCAUGUCGGAAAGCGAGGCGGCCGGCUUCCUGGCGGCGCUGGAGCGGGCCGGGCGCUUCCAGGCCGAGACCUGGUCCUGAACUGGGCGCCGAUGGGAAACGUAGUUGCGGCCGGUAGGUCGGGGCGCUACGGUUCCCAGAAUCCUCUGGGGCGCUACGGUUCCCGGCGCCUAGUACUGGAAAUAAAUGGUGUUUGGCGCUACGGUUCCCAGAAUCCUCUGGGCGCUACGGUUCCCAGAAUCCUCUGGGCGCUACGGUUCCCAGAAUCCUCUGGGGCGCUACGGUUCCCGGCGCCUAGUACUGUGAAUAAAUGGAUUAUUCUUACUGGUUGGGUUGGUGUUUGGCACUACAGUUCCCAGAAUCCUUCAGGGUUGGUGUUUGGCGCUACGGUUCCCACAAACCUCUGGGCGCUACGGUUCCCAGAAUCCUCUGGGCGCUACAGUUCCCAGAAUCCUCUGGGGUGCUAUGGUUUCCGGCGCCUAGUCCUGGAAAUAAAUGGUGUUUGGCGCUACGGUUCCCAGAAUCCCCUGGGGCGCUACGGUUCCCAGAAUCCUCUGGGGCGCUACGGUUCCCGGCGCCUGGUACUGGAAAUAAAUGGAUUAUUCUUACUGGUUGGGUUGGUGUUUGGCGCUACAGUUCCCAGAAUCCUUUGGGGUUGGCGGUGCUACGGUUUCCGGCGCCUGGUACUGGAAAUAAAUGGUGUUUGGCGCUACGGUUCCCAGAAUCCUCUGGGCGCUACGGUUCCCAGAAUCCUCCUGGGUGCUACGGUUCCCGGCGCCUAGUACUGGAAAUAAAUGGUGUUUGGCGCUACGGUUCCCAGAAUCCUUCAGGUUUGGUGUUUGGCGCUACGGUUCCCAGAAACCUCGGCGCUACGGUUCCCAGAAUCCUCUGGGCGCUACAGUUCCCAGAAUCCUCUGGGGUGCUAUGGUUCCGGCGCCUAGUCCUGGAAAUAAAUGGUGUUUGGCGCUACGGUUCCCAGAAUCCCCUGGGGCGCUACGGUUCCCAGAAUCCUCUGGGCGCUACGGUUCCCAGAAACCUCUGGGCGCUACAGUUCCCAGAAUCCUCUGGGGCGCUACGGUUCCCGGCGCCUAGUACUGGAAAUAAAUGGAUUCUUGUUACUGGUUGGGUUGGCUUUUGGCGCUACGGUUCCCAGAAUCCUCUGGGCGCUACGGUUCCCGGCGCCUAGUACUGGAAAUAAAUGGUGUUUGGCGCUACGGUUCCCAGAAUCCUUUGGGGUGCUAUGGUUCCCGGCGCCUAGUACUGGAAAUAAAUGGUGUUUGGCGCUACGGUUCCCAGAAUUCUUUGGGCGCUACGGUUCCCGGCGCCUAGUACUGGAAAUAAAUGGAUUCUUGUUACUGGUUGGGUUGGCUUUUGGCGCUACGGUUCCCAGAAUCCUUUGGGGUGCUAUGGUUCCCGGCGCCUAGUACUGGAAAUAAAUGGUGUUUGGCACUACAGUUCCCAGAAUUCUCUGUGCGCUACGGUUCCCAGAAUCCUCUGGGCGCUACGGUUCCCGGCGCCUAGUACUGGAAAUAAAUGGAUUCUUGUUACUGGUUGGGUUGGCUUUUGGCGCUACGGUUCCCAGAAUCCUCUGGGCGCUACGGCUCCCGGCGCCUAGUUCUGGAAAUAAAUGGUGUUUGGCGCUAUGGUUCCCAGAAUCCUCUGGGCGCUACGGUUCCCAGAAACCUCUGGGCGCUACGGUUCCCAGAAUCCUCUGGGCGCUACGGCUCCCGGCGCCUAGUUCUGGAAAUAAAUGGUGUUUGGCGCUAUGGUUCCCAGAAUCCUCUGGGCGCUACGGUUCCCGGCGCCUGGUACUGGAAAUAAAUGGUGUUUGGCGCUACGGUUCCCAGAAUCCUCUGGGCGCUACGGUUCCCAGAAUCCUCUGGGCGCUACAGUUCCCACAAUCCUCUGGGGCGCUACGGUUCCCGGCGCCUAGUACUGGGAAUAAAUGGAUUCUUGUUACUGGUUGGCUUGGCUUUUGGCGCUACGGUUCCCAGAAACCUCUGCGCCCGGAAUGACCUGCAAUUGCCCUGAAUGAACUGCAGUUCCCAGGCACCCUGAAUGAACUACGGUUCCCAAGCGCCCUGAACAAACUACAGUUCCCAGGCACCUGGAAUGAACUGUGAUUGCCCUGAAUAAACUACAGUUCCCAGGCACUUUGAAUGAACACUUUCCCUGAAAGAACUACAGUUCCCAUGCACCUUGAGUUAGCCGAUUUCCCUGAAUAAACUAUAAUUCCCAGGCGCCUGGAAUGACCUGCCAUUGCCCUCAGUAAACUGCAGUUCCCAGGCGCUUGCCCUUAAUGAACUACAGUUCCCAAGCACCUGGAAUGAACUGUGAUUGCCCUGAAUGAACUACAGUUCCCAGGCGCUUGCCCUUAAUGAACUACAGUUCCCAAGUGCCCGGAAUGAACUGUGAUUGCCCUGAAUAAACUGCAGUUCCCAGGCGCUUGCCCUGAAAAACUACAGUUCCCAGGUGCUUGUCCUUCAUGAACUACAGUUCCCAAGCGCCUUGAGUGGCCUGUGUUGGACCUGAAUGAACUACAGUUCCCAAGCGCUACGUUUCCCAGAAUCCUCUUUGGUGGGUUGGCGGUGCUACGGUUCCCGGCGCCUAGUACUGGAAAUAAAAGGAUGGUUACUUGUGGGGUUGGUGUUUGGCGCGCUACAGUUCCCAGCGCCCAAAUAAACUGAAUGAACUACAGUUCCCAGGCGCGCUGUGGUUCCCAGGCGCCUAAAUGAUCUCAAUUGCCCUGAAUGAACUACAGUUUCCAGGCGCCUAGAAUGAGUUGGCAAACUGCAAUUCCCAGGCACUUGCCCUGAAUGAACUACAGUUCCCAGGCGCCUUGAAUGGCCUGCAAAACUGCAAGGCGCUUGCCCUGAAUGAACUACAGUUCCCAGGCGCCUGGAGUCACAUGCGUUUGCCCUGAAUGAACUACAGUUCCCAGGCGCCUGGAGUCAUGUAUUUGCCCUGAAUGAACUACAGUUCCCAGGCGCCUGGAGUCACAUAUAUUUGCCCUGAAUGAACUACAGUUCCCAGGCGCCUGAAGUCACGUGUAUUUGCCCUGAAUGAAAUACAGUUCCCAGGCGCCUGGAAUGACGUGCAAUUGCCCUGAAUGAACUACAGUUCCCAGGCGCCCGGAAUUACCUGUGAUUGCCCUGAAUGAACUAUAGUUCCCAGGCACCUUGAACGACCUGCAAUUGCCCUGAAUGAACUACAGUUCCCAAGCACCUUGAGUGACCUGAUUGCCCUGAAUGAACUACAGUUCCCAGGCGCUUGCCCUGAAUGAACUACAGUUCCCAGGCGCCUGGAAUGAACUGUGAUUGCCCCGAAUGAACUACAGUUCCCAAGCACUUUGAGUGACCUGAUUGCCCUGAAUGAACUACAGUUCCCAUGCGCCCGGAAUUACCUACAAUUGCCCUGAAUAAACUACAGUUCCCAGGCGCCUGGAAUGAACUGUGAUUGCCCCGAAUGAACUACAGUUCCCAAGCACUUUGAGUGACCUGAUUGCCCUGAAUGAACUACAGUUCCCAUGCGCCCGGAAUUACCUACAAUUGCCCUGAAUAAACUACAGUUCCCAGGCGCCCGGAAUUACCUGCAAUUGCCCUGAAUGAACUACAGUUCCCAAGCACCUUGAGUGACCUGCCAUUGCCCUGAAUGAACUACAGUUCCCAGGCGCUUGCCCUGAAAGAACUACAGUUCCCAAGCACCUGGAAUGAACUGUGAUUGCCCUGAAUAAACUGCAGUUCCCAGGCGCUUGCCCUGAAUGAACUACAGUUCCCAGGCGCCUGGAAUGAACUGUGAUUGCCCUGAAUAAACUACAAUUCCCAGGCCCUGAAUGAACUACAGUUCCCAAGCAGCUGGAAUGAACUGUGAUUGCCCUGAAUAAACUACAGUUCCCAGGCGCCUGGAAUGAACUGUGAUUGCCCCAAAUGAACUACAGUUCCCAAGCACUUUGAGUGACCUGAUUGCCCUGAAUGAACUACAGUUCCCAGGCGCCCGGAAUGACCUGCAAUUGCCCUGAAUGAACUACAGUUCCCAGGCGCCCUGAAUGACCUGCGAUUCCCCUGAAUGAACUACAGUUCCCAGGCGCCUUGAGUGACCUGCGAUUCCCCUGAAUAAACUACAGUUCCCAGGCGCUUGCCCUGAAUGAACUACAGUUCCCAAGCACCUGGAAUGAACUGUGAUUGCCCUCAAUAAACUGCAGUUCCCAGGCGCUUGCCCUGAAUGAACUACAGUUCCCAGGCGCCUGGAAUGACCUGCCAUUGCCCUGAAUAAACUACAGUUCCCAGGCGCUUGCCCUGAAUGAACUACAGUUUCCAGGCGCCUAGAAUGAGUUUGUAAACUGCAAUUCCCAAGCGCUUGCCCGGAAUAAACUACAGUUCCCAGGCGCCUUGAAUGGCCUUGUAAACUGCAAGGCGCUUGCCCUGAAUGAACUACAGUUCCCAUGCGCCCGGAAUGACCUGCAAUUGCCCUGAAUGAACUACAGUUCCCAGGCGCUUGCCCAGAAUGAACUACAGUUCCCAGGCGCCUUGAAAGACCAGUUUGCACACAGCAAACUACAGUUCCCAGCACCCGGAAGGUUGGAUAAAGUCAGAUUCAAGAAAUGAUCAAUACAUUUUAUCAAUGGAAUAAUAUUCUGAGGUUGUUUUAUUAAUAAUAAUAAUAAUAAUAAUAAUAAUAAUAAUAAUAAUAUAUUCCGGGGAGAGUAAUUGGUACCCAGGAAAUGGGGAGGAAGGAGAGUACUAGGGAGGAAGGGGAGUAAUAGGGAGGAAGGGGAGUAGUAGGGAGGAAGGGGAGUAAUAGGGAGGAAGGGGAGUAAUAGGGAGGAAGGAGAGUGAUUGGUGCCCAGGAAAUAGGGAGGAAGGAGAGUGAUUGGUGCCCAGGAAAUAGGGAGGAAGGAGAGUGAUUGGUACCCAGGAAAUGGGGAGGAAGUGGAGUAAUAGGGAGGAAGGGGAGUAGUAGGGAGGAAGGGGAGUAAUAGGAAGGAAGUGGAGUAAUAGGGAGGAAGGAGAGUGAUUGGUGCCCAGGAAAUAGGGAGGAAGGAGAGUGAUUGGUACCCAGGAAAUGGGGAGGAAGUGGAGUAAUAGGGAGGAAGGGGAGUAGUAGGGAGGAAGGGGAGUAAUAGGAAGGAAGUGGAGUAAUAGGGAGGAAGGAGAGUGAUUGGUGCCCAGGAAAUAGGGAGGAAGGAGAGUGAUUGGUACCCAGGAAAUGGGGAGGAAGUGGAGUAAUAGGGAGGAAGUGGAGUAAUAGGGAGGAAGGAGAGUAAUAGGGAGGAAGGGGAGUAAUAGGGAGGAAGUGGAGUAAUAGGGAGGAAGGAGAGUGAUUGGUACCCAGGAAAUAGGGAGGAAGGGGAGUAAUAGGGAGGAAGUGGAGUAAUAGGGAGGAAGGAGAGUGAUUGGUGCCCAGGAAAUAGGGAGGAAGGAGAGUGAUUGGUACCCAGGAAAUGGGGAGGAAGUGGAGUAAUAGGGAGGAAGUGGAGUAAUAGGGAGGAAGGAGAGUAAUAGGGAGGAAGUGGAGUAAUAGGGAGGAAGUGGAGUAAUAGGGAGGAAGUGGAGUAAUAGGGAGGAAGGGGAGUAAUAGGGAGGAAGGAGAGUGAUUGGUACCCAGGAAAUGGGGAGGAAGUGGAGUAAUAGGGAGGAAGGAGAGUAAUUGGUAUCCUGGAAGUAGGGAGGAAGGAAAGUGAUUGGUACCCAGGAAAUAGGGAGGAAGGAGAGUGAUUGGUACCCAGGAAAUAGGGAGGAAGGGGAGUAAUAGGGAGGAAGUGGAGUAAUAGGGAGGGAGGAGAGUGAUUGGUACCCAGGAAAUGGGGAGGAAGUGGAGUAAUAGGGAGGAAGGGGAGUAAUAGGGAGGAAGGAGAGUAAUAGGGAGGAAGGGGAGUAAUAGGGAGGAAGUGGAGUAAUUGGUGCCCAGGAAAUGGGGAGGAGGGGAGUAAUUGGGAGGAAGUGGAGUAAUUGGUAUCCAGGAAGUAGGGAGGAAGGAGAGUAAUUGGUGCUCAGGAAAGAGGAAGGGGAGUAAUAGGGAGGAAGGAGAGUAAUAGGGAGGAAGGAGAGUAAUAGGGAGGAAGGGGAGUAAUAGGGAGGAAGGAGAGUAAUAGGGAGGAAGGGGAGUAAUAGGGAGGAAGUGGAGUAAUAGGGAGGAAGGAGAGUAAUAGGGAGGAAGGGGAGUAAUAGGGAGGAAGGGGAGUAAUAGGGAGGAAGGAGAGUAAUAGGGAGGAAGGGGAGUAAUAGGAAGGAAGUGGAGUAAUAGGGAGGAAGGAGAGUGAUUGGUGCCCAGGAAAUAGGGAGGAAGGAGAGUGAUUGGUACCCAGGAAAUGGGGAGGAAGGGGAGUAAUAGGGAGGAAGUGGAGUAAUAGGGAGGAAGGGGAGUAGUAGGGAGGAAGGGGAGUAAUAGGGAGGAAGGGGAGUAAUUGGUACCCAGGAAAUGGGGAGGAAGUGGAGUAAUAGGGAGGAAGGAGAGUAAUUGGUAUCCUGGAAGUAGGGAGGAAGGAAAGUGAUUGGUACCCAGGAAAUAGGGAGGAAGGAGAGUGAUUGGUACCCAGGAAAUAGGGAGGAAGGGGAGUAAUAGGGAGGAAGUGGAGUAAUAGGGAGGGAGGAGAGUGAUUGGUACCCAGGAAAUGGGGAGGAAGUGGAGUAAUAGGGAGGAAGUGGAGUAAUAGGGAGGAAGGAGAGUAAUAGGGAGGAAGGGGAGUAAUAGGGAGGAAGUGGAGUAAUUGGUGCCCAGGAAAUGGGGAGGAAGGGGAGUAAUUGGGAGGAAGUGGAGUAAUUGGUAUCCAGGAAGUAGGGAGGAAGGAGAGUAAUUGGUGCUCAGGAAAGAGGGAGGAAGUGAAGUAAUAGGGAGGAAGGAGAGUAAUAGGGAGGAAGGAGAGUAAUAGGGAGGAAGGGGAGUAAUAGGGAGGAAGGAGAGUAAUAGGGAGGAAGGGGAGUAAUAGGGAGGAAGUGGAGUAAUAGGGAGGAAGGGGAGUAGUAGGGAGGAAGGGGAGUAAUAGGAAGGAAGGGGAGUAGUAGGGAGGAAGGGGAGUAGUAGGGAGGAAGGGGAGUAAUAGGAAGGAAGUGGAGUAAUAGGGAGGAAGGAGAGUGAUUGGUGCCCAGGAAAUAGGGAGGAAGGAGAGUGAUUGGUACCCAGGAAAUGGGGAGGAAGUGGAGUAAUAGGGAGGAAGGGGAGUAGUAGGGAGGAAGGGGAGUAAUAGGAAGGAAGUGGAGUAAUAGGGAGGAAGGAGAGUGAUUGGUGCCCAGGAAAUAGGGAGGAAGGAGAGUGAUUGGUACCCAGGAAAUCGGGAGGAAGUGGAGUAAUAGGGAGGAAGUGGAGUAAUAGGGAGGAAGGAGAGUAAUAGGGAGGAAGGGGAGUAAUAGGGAGGAAGUGGAGUAAUAGGGAGGAAGGGGAGUAGUAGGGAGGAAGGGGAGUAAUAGGGAGGAAGGGGAGUAAUUGGUACCCAGGAAAUGGGGAGGAAGUGGAGUAAUAGGGAGGAAGGAGAGUAAUUGGUAUCCUGGAAGUAGGGAGGAAGGAAAGUGAUUGGUACCCAGGAAAUAGGGAGGAAGGAGAGUGAUUGGUACCCAGGAAAUAGGGAGGAAGGGGAGUAAUAGGGAGGAAGUGGAGUAAUAGGGAGGAAGGAGAGUAAUAGGGAGGAAGGGGAGUAAUAGGGAGGAAGUGGAGUAAUAGGGAGGGAGGAGAGUGAUUGGUACCCAGGAAAUAGGGAGGAAGGAGAGUGAUUGGUACCCAGGAAAUCGGGAGGAAGUGGAGUAACAGGGAGGAAGGGGAGUAGUAGGGAGGAAGGGGAGUAAUAGGAAGGAAGUGGAGUAAUAGGGAGGAAGGAGAGUGAUUGGUGCCCAGGAAAUAGGGAGGAAGGAGAGUGAUUGGUACCCAGGAAAUCGGGAGGAAGUGGAGUAAUAGGGAGGAAGUGGAGUAAUAGGGAGGAAGGAGAGUAAUAGGGAGGAAGGGGAGUAAUAGGGAGGAAGUGGAGUAAUAGGGAGGAAGGGGAGUAGUAGGGAGGAAGGGGAGUAAUAGGAAGGAAGUGGAGUAAUAGGGAGGAAGGAGAGUGAUUGGUGCCCAGGAAAUAGGGAGGAAGGAGAGUGAUUGGUACCCAGGAAAUGGGGAGGAAGUGGAGUAAUAGGGAGGAAGGGGAGUAAUAGGGAGGAAGGAGAGUAAUAGGGAGGAAGGGGAGUAAUAGGGAGGAAGUGGAGUAAUUGGUGCCCAGGAAAUGGGGAGGAAGGGGAGUAAUUGGGAGGAAGUGGAGUAAUUGGUAUCCAGGAAGUAGGGAGGAAGGAGAGUAAUUGGUGCUCAGGAAAGAGGGAGGAAGUGAAGUAAUAGGGAGGAAGGAGAGUAAUAGGGAGGAAGGAGAGUAAUAGGGAGGAAGUGGGGUAAUUGGUAUCCAGGAAGUAGGGAGGAAGGAGAGUAAUUGGUGCUCAGGAAAGAGGGAGGAAGGGGAGUAAUAGGGAGGAAGGAGAGUAAUAGGGAGGAAGUGGGGUAAUUGGUGCCCAGGAAAUGGGGAGGAAGGGGAGUAAUUGGGAGGAAGUGGAAUAAUUGGUGCUCAGGAAAGAGGGAGGAAGUGAAGUAAUAGGGAGGAAGGAGAGUAAUUGGUGCUCAGGAAAGAGGGAGGAAGUGAAGUAAUAGGGAGGAAGGAGAGUAAUAGGGAGGAAGUGGAGUAAUUGGUGUCCAGGAGGUAGGGAGGAAGCAGUGAUUGGCACCCAGGAAAUGGAGAGGAAGGGGAGUAAUAGGGAGGAAGGAGAGUAAUAGGGAGGAAGGAGAGUAAUAGGGAGGAAGUGGAGUAAUUGGUGCCGAGGAAGGGGAGUAAUUGGGAGGAAGUGGAGUAAUUGGUAUCCAGGAAGUAGGGAGGAAGGAGAGUGAUUGGUACGCAGGAAAUGUGGAGGAAGGGGAGUAAUAGGGAGGAAGGAGAGUAAUUGGUACGCAGGGAGGAGGGAGCAAGAGGGAAACGACGCUCCGAGGAGAGUAAUUGGUACCCAGGAAAUAGGGAGGAAGUGGAAUAAUAGGGAGGAAGUGGAGUAAUAGGGAGGAAGGAGAGUGAUUCGUACCCAGGAAAUAGGGAGGAAGGAGAGUGAUUGGUACCCAGGAAAUGGGGAGGAAGGGGAGUAAUAGGGAGGAAGUGGAGUAAUAGGGAGGAAGGAGAGUGAUUGGUACACAGGAAAUGGGAGGAAGUGGAGUAAUACGGAGGAAGUGGAGUAAUAGGGAGGAAGGAGAGUGAUUGGUACCCAGGAAAUGGGAGGAAGUGGAGUAAUACGGAGGAAGUGGAGUAAUAGGGAGGAAGGAGAGUGAUUGGUACCCAGGAAAUAGGGAGGAAGUGGAGUAAUAGGGAGGAAGGAGAGUGAUUGGUACCCAGGAAAUGGGGAGGAAGGAGAGUGAUUGGUACCCAGGAAAUAGGGAGGAAAAAGAGUGAUUGGUACCCAGGAAAUGGGGAGGAAGGGGAGUAAUAGGGAGGAAGUGGAGUAAUAGGGAGGAAGGAGAGUAAUAGGGAGGAAGUGGAGUAAUUGGUAUCCUGGAAGUAGGGAGGAAGGAGAGUGAUUGGUACCCAGGAAAUGGGGAGGAAGGGGAGUAACAGGGAGGAAGUGGAGUAAAAGGGAGGUAGGAGAGUGAUUGGUACCCAGGAAAUAGGGAGGAAGGAGAGUGAUUGGUACCCAGGAAAUGGGGAGGAAGGGGAGUAAUAGGGAGGAAGUGGAGUAAUAGGGAGGAAGGAGAGCAAUUGGUACCCAGGAAAUAGGGAGGAAGUGGAGUAAUAGGGAGGAAGUGGAGUAAUAGGGAGGAAGGAGAGUGAUUGGUACCCGGUAAAGAUGGAGGAAGUGGAGUAAUAGGGAGGAAGGAGAGUGAUUGGUACCCAGGAAAUAGGGAGGAAGGGGAGUAAUAGGGAGGAAGUGGAGUAACAGGGAGGAAGGAGAGUGAUUGGUACCCAGGAAAUGGGGAGGAAGUGGAGUAACAGGGAGGAAGGAGAGUGAUUGGUACCCAGGAAAUAGGGAGGAAGUGGAGUAAUAGGGAGGAAGUGGAGUAACAGGGAGCAAGGAGAGUGAUUGGUACCCAGGAAAUGGGGAGGAAGUGGAGUAACAGGGAGGAAGGAGAGUGAUUGGUACCCAGGAAAUAGGGAGGAAGUGGAGUAAUAGGGAGGAAGUGGAGUAAUAGGGAGGAAGGAGAGUGAUUGGUACCCAGGAAAUAGGGAGGAAGGAGAGUGAUUGGUGCCCAGGAAAUGGGGAGGAAGUGGAGUAACAGGGAGGAAGUGGAGUAAUAGGGAGGAAGUGGAGUAAUAGGGCGGAAGGAGAGUGAUUGGUACCCGGUAAAGAUGGAGGAAGUGGAGUAAUAGGGAGGAAGUGGAGUAAUAGGAAGGAGAGUGAUUGGUACCCAGGAAAUAGGGAGGAAGUGGAGUAAUAGGGAGGAAGUGGAGUAAUAGGGAGGAAGGAGAGUAAUAGGGAGGAAGGAGAGUAAUUGGUACCCAGGAAAUAGGGAGGAAGUGGAGUAAUAGGGAGGAAGGAGAGUAAUUGGUAUCCUGGAAGUAGGGAGGAAGGAAAGUGAUUGGUACCCAGGAAAUAGGGAGGAAGGAGAGUGAUUGGUACCCAGGAAAUGGGGAGGAAGUGGAGUAAUAGGGAGGAAGUGGAGUAAUAGGGAGGAAGGAGAGUGAUUGGUACCCAGGAAAUGGGGAGGAAGGGGAGUAAUAGGGAGGAAGUGGAGUAAUAGGGAGGAAGUGGAGUAAUAGGGAGGAAGGAGAGUAAUAGGGAGGAAGGAGAGUAAUUGGUACCCAGGAAAUAGGGAGGAAGUGGAGUAAUAGGGAGGAAGGAGAGUAAUUGGUAUCCUGGAAGUAGGGAGGAAGGAAAGUGAUUGGUACCCAGGAAAUAGGGAGGAAGGAGAGUGAUUGGUACCCAGGAAAUGGGGAGGAAGUGGAGUAAUAGGGAGGAAGUGGAGUAAUAGGGAGGAAGGGGAGUAAUUGGUACCCAGGAAAUGGGGAGGAAGUGGAGUAAUAGGGAGGAAGGAGAGUGAUUGGUACCCAGGAAAUAGGGAGGAAGUGGAGUAAUAGGGAGGAAGUGGAGUAAUAGGGAGGAAGGAGAGUAAUUGGUACCCAAGGAGGAGGGAAGAAGAUGCUCCAAGUACUUAAAGGGAUGGAAGGAGGAAGUUGGAGAGGCCAAGGGGUGUUUUGUUUUCCGGGGUGAAAAAUAUGCUCCGAGUAGCACAAUUGGUACUUAAAGGGAUGCUUCAAGGCGGAGGAGUGGUACCCGAGGAGGAGGAGGAGGAGGAAGAAGGCAGGAGGAGAGAGGAAGUAGAAAGAUACUCCUAGGAGGAGGAGGAGGAAGGAGGAGAGAGGAAGUAGAAAGGUACUCCGAGGAGGAGGAAGGAUGCAGGAGGAGAGAGGAAGUAGAAAGAUACUCCUAGGAGGAGGAGGAGGAAGGAGGAGAGAGGAAGUAGAAAGAUGCUCCAAGGAGGAGGAGGAAGGAUGCAGGAGGAGACAGGAAGUAGAAAGAUACUCCGAGGAGGAGGAGGAAGGAUGCAGGAGGAGACAGGAAGUAGAAAGAUGCUCCAAGGAGGAGGAGUGGUACCCAAGGGGGAGGAGGAAGGAUGCAGGAGGAGAGAGGAAGUAGAAAGAUACUCCUAGGAGGAGGAGGAGGAAGGAGGAGAGAGGAAGUAGAAAGAUGCUCCAAGGAGGAGGAGGAAGGAUGCAGGAGGAGACAGGAAGUAGAAAGAUACUCCAAGGAGGAGGAGGAAGGAUGCAGGAGGAGACAGGAAGUAGAAAGAUGCUCCAGGAGGAGGAGUGGUACCCAAGGGGGAGGAGGAAGGAUGCAGGAGGAGAGAGGAAGUAGAAGGAUGCUUCGAGGAGGAGGAGGAAGGAUGCAGGAGGAGAGAGGAAGUAGAUACUCCUAGGAGGAGGAGGAGGAGAGAGGAAGUAGAAAGAUGCUCCAAGGAGUAGGAGUGGUACCCAAGGGGGAGGAGGAAGGAUGCAGGAGGAGACAGGAAGUAGAAAGAUGCUCCAAGGAGUAGGAGUGGUACCCAAGGGGGAGGAGGAAGGAUGCAGGAGGAGACAGGAAGUAGAAAGAUACUCCGAGGAGGAGGAAGGAUGCAGGAGGAGACAGGAAGUAGAAAGAUACUCCGAGGAGGAGGAAGAAGGCAGGAGGAGAGAGGAAGUAGAAAUAUGCUCCAAGGAGUAGGAGUGGUACCCAAGGGGGAGGAGGAAGGAUGCAGGAGGAGAGAGGAAGUAGAAAGAUACUCCUAGGAGGAGGAAGGAGGAGAGAGGAAGUAGAAAGAUGCUCCAAGGAGUAGGAGUGGUACCCAAGGGGGAGGAGGAGGAGGAAGGAUGCAGGAGGAGACAGGAAGUAGAAAGAUACUCCUAGGAGGAGGAAGGAGGAGAGAGGAAGUAGAAGGAUGCUUCAAGGAUGAGGAGUGGUACCCAAGGAGGAGGAAGAGUGGGGGAGAUUGAGAGGUCAAGGAAUGCUCUUCCUCCCCUCUCCUGGGUACCACUCCUCCUCCUUGAAGCAUCCUUCUACUUCCUGUCUCCUCCUUCCUCCUUCCUCCUCCUCCUUGAAGCACCCUUCUACUUCCUGUCUCCUCCUGCAUCCUUCCUCCUCCUCCUUCCAGCAUCCUUCUACUUCCUCUCUCCUCCUGCAUCCUUCCUCCUCCUCCUUGAAGCAUCCUCCUACUUCCUGUCUCCUCCUGCCUCCUUCCUCCUCCUCCUUCCAGCAUCCUUCUACUUCCUGUCUCCUCCUGCAUCCUUCCUCCUCCUCCUUGAAGCAUCCUUCUUCUUCCUGUCUCCUCCUACCUCCUUCCUCCUCCUCCUUCCAGCAUCCUUCUACUUCCUGUCUCCUCCUGCCUCCUUCCUCUUCCUCCUUGAAGCAUCCUCCUACUUCCUGUCUCCUCCUGUCUCCUUCCUCCUCCUCCUUGAAGCAUCCUCCUACUUCCUGUCUCCUCCUGUCUCCUUCCUCCUCCUCCUUGAAGCAUCCUUCUACUUCCUGUCUCCUCCUGUCUCCUUCCUCCUCCUCCUUGAAGCAUCCUUCCACUUCCUGUCUCCUCCUGCCUCCUUCCUCCUCCUCCUUCCAGCAUCCUUCCACUUCCUGUCUCCUCCUGCCUCCUUCCUCCUCCUCCUUCCAGCACCCUUCUACUUCCUGUCUCCUCCUGCCUCCUUCCUCCUCCUCCUUCCAGCAUCCUUCUACUUCCUGUCUCUCCUGCCUCCUUCCUCCUCCUCCUUCCAGCACCCUUCUACUUCCUGUCUCCUCCUGCCUCCUUCCUCCUCCUCCUUCCAGCACCCUUCUACUUCCUGUCUCCUCCUGCCUCCUUCUUCCUCCUCCUCCUUGAAGCAUCCUUCUACUUCCUGUCUCCUCCUGCCUCCUUCUUCCUCCUCCUUCCAGCACCCUUCUACUUCCUGUCUCCUCCUGCCUCCUUCCUCCUCCUCCUUCCAGCACCCUUCUACUUCCUGUCUCCUCCUGCCUCCUUCCUCCUCCUCCUUGAAGCAUCCUUCUACUUCCUGUCUCCUCCUGCCUCCUUCCUCCUCCUCCUUGAAGCACCCUUCUACUUCCUGUCUCCUCCUGCCUCCUUCCUCCUCCUCCUUGAAGCACCCUUCUACUUCCUGUCUCCUCCUGCCUCCUUCCUCCUCCUCCUUGAAGCACCCUUCUACUUCCUGUCUCCUCCUGCCUCCUUCCUCCUCCUCCUUGAAGCAUCCUUCUACUUCCUGUCUCCUCCUGCCUCCUUCCUCCUCCUCCUUCCAGCACCCUUCUACUUCCUCUCUCCUCCUGCCUCCUUCCUCUUCCUCCUUGAAGCACCCUUCUACUUCCUGUCUCCUCCUGCCUCCUUCCUCCUCCUCCUUGAAGCAUCCUUCUACUUCCUGUCUCCUCCUGCCUCCUUCCUCCUCCUCCUUGAAGCACCCUUCUACUUCCUCUCUCCUCCUGCCUCCUUCCUCCUCCGCCUUGAAGCAUCCUUCCACUUCCUGCUUCCUCCUGCCUCCUUCCUCCUCCUCCUUCCAGCACCCUUCUACUUCCUGUCUCCUCCUGCCUCCUUCCUCCUCCUCCUUCAAGCAUCCUUCCACUUCCUCUCUCCUCCUGCCUCCUUCCUCCUCCUCCUUGAAGCAUCCUUCUACUUCCUCUCUCCUCCUGCCUCCUUCCUCCUCCUCCUUGAAGCAUCCUUCUACUUCCUCUCUCCUCCUGCCUCCUUCCUCUUCCUCCUUGAAGCAUCCUUCUUCUUCCUGCUUCCUCCUGCCUCCUUCCUCUUCCUCCUUGAAGCAUCCUUCUUCUUCCUGCUUCCUCCUGCCUCCUUCCUCUUCCUCCUUGAAGCAUCCUUCUUCUUCCUGUCUCCUCCUGCCUCCUGCCUCCUCCUCCUUGAAGCAUCCUUCUACUUCCUCUUUCCUCCUGCCUCCUUCCUCCUCCUCCUUCCAGCAUCCUUCUACUUCCUGUCUCUUCCUGCAUCCUUCCUCUUCCUCCCUGAGUACCAAUCACUCUUCCCAUUCUGUUUCCUCUCCAUCCUUCCUCCUCCUCCGUCCUCUUCCUCCUUCUUCCUUUCCUCCAGGUGGAAACCCUCUCCAUCCUCUUCUUUUCCUCCUCCAUCCCUCCUUCCUCCUUCCUCCCCUCCCUCCGCCCUGCCAAUCUCCCGGCAUCCUCCUCCGCAGGAAGUCCCGCCCCCCUCCGUCCCCUCUUCCCUCCUCCUUCUUCCCCUUCCUCCGUCGCUUGGGUACCAUUCCUGCAUCCCGAUUGGACCUGUCCGUCAUCCAUCAAUUCUCAAGAAGAUUGACAGGGAGAUUGUCAAGCAGGAAGAUUGACAGGAGGGCGGGACAAACACCCCCCCCAAAAAAAUACUCCCGCCUUCCUUCUUUCCCCUUCCUCCUUCCCUGCAUCCCUUUCAACAUCCUGGCUACCGGAACAUCUCCCUCCUCCCAGCAUCCUCCCCUCCUCGGCAGGAAGUCCCGCCCCUUCCUCCCCCCUCUCCCUCCUCCCUCCUCCGCAGGAAGUCCCGCCCCUUCCUCCCCCCUCCCUCCUCCCUCCUCCUCCUUCUUCCUUCCCUCCAUCCCUUUCAACAUCCUGGCUACCGGAGCAUCUCCCUCCUCCCAGCAUCCUCCCCUCCUCGGCAGGAAGUCCCGCCCCUUCCUCCCUCCUCUCCCUCCUCCGCAGGAAGUCCCGCCCCUUCCUCCCCCCUCCCUCCUCCCUCCUCCUCCUUCUUCCUUCCCUGCAUCCCUUUCAACAUCCUGGCUACCGGAGCACCUCCCUCCUCCCAGCACCCUCCCCUCCUCAGCAGGAAGUCCCGCCCCUUCCUCCCCCCCUCCCUCCUCCCUCCUCCGCAGGAAGUCCCGCCCCUUCCUCUCCCCCCUCUCCCUCCUCCUUCCUCCACCAACCGGAUCGCCAGGUACCGUUCCAGUAUCUUUUCCCUCCAUCCCCUGGGUACCAUUCCUGCAUCCCGACUGGACCUGUCAAUCACCCAUCAUUUUGCGGGAGGGGAGGAAGCAGGAAGAUGGACAGGAGGGCGGGACUAACCCCCCCCCCCCCCCAACAAAAUACUCCGGCCUUCCUUCCUCCCGUCCGACGCAGCAUCCUUCCUCCUUCCCUGCAUCCCUCUCUGCAUCUUUGGGUACCAAUUUGAGCAUCCUUCCUCCUUCUCUGCAUCCCUCUCAGCAUCUUUGGGUACCAAUUUGAGCAUCCUUCCUCCUUCCCUGCAUCCCUCUCAGCAUCUUUGGGUACCAAUUUGAGCAUCCUUCCUCCUUAACUGCAUCCCUCUAACCAACUAUGGGUACCAAUCUGAGCAUCCUUCAUCCUUCCCUGCAUCCCUCUCCGCAUCUUUGGGUACCAAUCUGAGCAUCCUUCCUCCUUCCCUGCAUUCCUCUCAGCAUCUUUGGGUACCAAUUUGAGCAUCCUUCCUCCUUCCCUGCAUCCCUCUCAGCAUCUUUGGGUACCAAUCUGAGCAUCCUUCCUCCUUCCCUGCAUCCCUCUCCGCAUCUUUGGGUACCAAUUUGAGCAUCCUUCCUCCUUCCCUGCAUCCCUCUCAGCAUCUUUGGGUACCAAUCUGAGCAUCCUUCCUCCUUCCCUGCAUCCCUCUCCGCAUCUUUGGGUACCGAUUUGGAUCUGAGCAUCCUUCAUCCUUCUCUGCAUCCCUCUCAGCAUCUUUGGGUACCAAUCUGAGCAUCCUUCCUCCUUCCCUGCAUCCCUCUCCGCAUCUUUGGGUACCAAUCUGAGCAUCCUCCAUCCUUCCCUGCAUCCCUCUCAGCAUCUUUGGGUACCAAUUUGAGCAUCCUUCCUCCUUCUCUGCAUCCCUCUCAGCAUCUUUGGGUACCAAUCUGAGCAUCCUUCCUCCUUCUCUGCAUCCCUCUCAGCAUCUUUGGGUACCAAUUUGAGCAUCCUUCCUCCUUCCCUGCAUCCCUCUCCGCAUCUUUGGGUACCGAUUUGGAUCUGAGCAUCCUUCCUCCUUCUCUGCAUCCCUCUCAGCAUCUUUGGGUACCAAUCUGAGCAUCCUUCCUCCUUCCCUGCAUCCCUCUCAGCAUCUUUGGGUAUCAAUCUGAGCAUCCUUCAUCCUUCCCUGCAUCCCUCUCAGCAUCUUUGGGUACCAAUUUGAGCAUCCUUCCUCCUUCCCUGCAUCCCUCUCAGCAUCUUUGGGUACCAAUCUGAGCAUCCUUCCUCCUUCCCUGCAUCCCUCUCCGCAUCUUUGGGUACCAAUCUGAGCAUCCUUCCUCCUUCUCCGCAUCCCUCUCAGCAUCCUGGGUACCAAUUUGGAUCUGAGCAUCCUUCCUCCUUCUCUGCAUCCCUCUCAGCAUCUUUGGGUACCAAUCUGAGCAUCCUUCCUCCUUCCCUGCAUCCCUCUCAGCAUCUUUGCGUACCAAUUUGAGCAUCCUUCAUCCUUCCCUGCAUCCCUCUCAGCAUCUUUGGGUACCAAUCUGAGCAUCCUCCAUCCUUCCCUGCAUCCCUCUCAGCAUCUUUGGGUACCAAUCUGAGCAUCCUUCCUCCUUCCCUGCAUCCCUCUCCGCAUCUUUGGGUACCAAUUUGAGCAUCCUUCCUCCUUCUCUGCAUCCCUCUCAGCAUCUUUGGGUACCAAUCUGAGCAUCCUUCCUCCUUCCCUGCAUCCCUCUCCGCAUCUUUGGGUACCAAUUUGAGCAUCCUUCCUCCUUCUCUGCAUCCCUCUCAGCAUCUUUGGGUACCAAUCUGAGCAUCCUUCCUCCUUCUCUGCAUCCCUCUCAGCAUCUUUGGGUACCAAUCUGAGCAUCCUUCCUCCUUCCCUGCAUCCCUCUCCGCAUCUUUGGGUACCAAUCUGAGCAUCCUUCCUCCUUCCCUGCAUCCCUCUCCGCAUCUUUGGGUACCAAUUUGGAUCUGAGCAUCCUUCCUCCUUCUCUGCAUCCCUCUCCGCAUCCCAGGCAUCCUUCCUCCUCCUCAGCCUCCCUCUCCGUAUCCCGGGUACCACUCUCCAUCCCUCUCAGCAUCCUUCAUCCUUCUCAGCAUCCCGGGUACCACUCUCCAUCCCUCUCAGCAUCCUUCAUCCUUCUCCGCAUCCCGGGUACCACUCUCCCUCCCUCUCAGCAUCCUUCAUCCUUCUCAGCAUCCCUCUCAACCUCCCGGGUACCAGAGCAUCUCCCUGGGUACCAAUUGGGAGCAGAGCAUCCUUGCAUCCUUCAUCCUUCCCUGCAUCCUGGGUACCAAUUUUGACGUGAGCAUCCUUCAUCCUUACCUGCAUCCUGGGUACCAAUUUGGACCUGAGCAUCCUUCCUCCUUCCCUGCAUCCCGGGUACCAAUUUUGACCUGAGCAUCCUUCCUCCUUCCCUGCAUCCUGGGUACCAAUUUUGACCUGAGCAUCCUUCAUCCUUCCCUGCAUCCUGGGUACCAAUUUUGACGUGAGCAUCCUUCAUCCUUCCCUGCAUCCUGGGUACCAAUUUUGACCUGAGCAUCCUUCAUCCUUACCUGCCUCCUGGGUACCAAUUUUGACCUGAGCAUCCUUCAUCCUUCCCUGCAUCCUGGGUACCAAUUUUGACGUGAGCAUCCUUCAUCCUUCCCUGCAUCCUGGGUACCAAUUUUGACCUGAGCAUCCUUCAUCCUUCCCUGCAUCCUGGGUACCAAUUUUGACCUGAGCAUCCUUCAUCCUUACCUGCAUCCUGGGUACCAAUUUUGACCUGAGCAUCCUUCAUCCUUCCCUGCAUCCUGGGUACCAAUUUUGACCUGAGCAUCCUUCAUCCUUACCUGCAUCCUGGGUACCAAUUUUGACCUGAGCAUCCUUCCUCCUUACCUGCAUCCUGGGUACCAAUUUUGACCUGAGCAUCCUUCAUCCUUACCUGCAUCCCGGGUACCAAUUUUGACCUGAGCAUCCUUCAUCCUUCCCUGCAUCCUGGGUACCAAUUUUGACCUGAGCAUCCUUCCUCCUUACCGCAUCCCGGGUACCACAUUUUGACCUGAGCAUCCUUCAUCCUUCACCUUCCUGCAUCCUGGGUACCAAUUUGGACCUGAGCAUCCUUCCUCCUUACCUGCAUCCUGGGUACCAAUUUGGACCAGAGCAUCUUUCCAUUCUCCUCCGCAUCCCGGGUACCACUCUGCCUCCCUCUGAGCAUCCUUCAUCCUUCCCUGCAUCCCUCUCAGCAUCUUUGGGUACCAAUUUGAGCAUCCUUCCUCCUGCUCCGCAUCCUUUUCCGCAUCCCGGGUACCACUCUGCCUCCCUCUCAGCAUCCUUCCUCCUUCUCCGCAUCCCUCUCAGCAUCCUGGGUACCAAUUUGCACCAGAGCAUCUUUCCAUCCUUCCUCCUUCUCUGCAUCUUUGGGUACCAAUUUGCAUCUGAGCAUCCUUCAUCCUUCCCUGCAUCCCUCUCAGCAUCUUUGGGUACCCAUUUGAGGAUCCUUCCUCCUCAGAAUCUCGGGUACCACUCUGCCUCCCUCUGAGCAUCCUUCCUCCUUCUCCGCAUCCCUCUCCGCAUUCCGGGUACCACUCUGCCUCCCUCUCAGCAUCCUUCCUCCUCAGCAUCCUUCAUCCUUCCCUGCAUCCCUCUCAGCAUCUUUGGGUACCAAUUUGAGCAUCCUUCCUCCUUCUCCGCAUCCUUUUCCGCAUCCCGGGUACCACUCUGCCUCCCUCUGAGCAUCCUUCCUCCUUCCCUGCAUCCCUCUCAGCAUCUUUGGGUACCAAUUUGAGCAUCCUUCAUCCCUCUCCGCAUCCCGGGUACCACUCAGCCUUCCUCUGAGCAUCCUUCCUCCUCAGCAUCCUUCAUCCUUCCCUGCAUCCCUCUCAGCAUCUCUGGGUACCAAUUUGAGCAUCCUUCCUCCUUCUCUGCAUCCUUCUCCGCAUCCCGGGUACCACUCUGCCUCCCUCUCAGCAUCCUUCCUCCUUCCCUGCAUCCCUCUCAGCAUCUUUGGGUACCAAUUUGAGCAUCCUUCCUCCUCCUCAGCAUCCCUCUCCGCAUCCCGGGUACCACUCUCCAUCCCUCUGAGCAUCCUUCAUCCUUCCCUGCAUCCCUCUCAGCAUCUUUGGGUACCACUCAGCAUCCUUCAUCCCUCUCCGCAUCCCGGGUACCACUCAGCCUCCCUCUGAGCAUCCUUCCUCCUCAGCAUCCUUCAUCCUUCCCUGCAUCCCUCUCAGCAUCUUGGGUACCAAUUUCCACCAGAGCAUCUUUCCAUCCUUCCUCCUUCUCUGCAUCUUUGGGUACCAAUUUGCAUCUGAGCAUCCUUCAUCCUUCCCUGCAUCCCUCUCAGCAUCCUUGGGUACCAAUUUGAGCAUCCUUCCUCCUCUGCAUCCUUUUCCGCAUCCCGGGUACCACUCAGCCUCCCUCUCAGCAUCCUUCCUCCUCAGCAUCCUUCAUCCUUCCCUGCAUCCCUCUCCGCAUCCCGGGUACCACUCAGCCUCCCUCUGAGCAUCCUUCAUCCCUCUCCGCAUCCCUCUCCGCAUCCCGGGUACCACUCGGCCUCCCUCUCAGCAUCCUUCCUCCUUCUCCGCAUCCCUCAUCCCUCUCCGCAUCCCGGGUACCACUCUGCCUCCCUCUGAGCAUCCUUCCUCCUUCUCCGCAUCCCUCUCCGCAUCCCGGGUACCACUCGGCCUCCCUCUGAGCAUCCUUCCUCCUCAGCAUCCUUCAUCCUUCCCUGCAUCCCUCUCAGCAUCUUUGGGUACCAAUUUGAGCAUCCUUCCUCCUCCUCAGAAUCUCGGGUACCACUCUGCCUCCCUCUCAGCAUCCUUCAUCCUUCUCCGCAUCCCUCUGAGCAUCCUUCCUCCUUCUCUGCCUCCCUCUGACCAUCCUUCAUCCUUCUCAGCAUCCCUCUCAGCAUCUUUGGGUACCAAUUUGAGCAUCCUUCCUCCUCCUCUGCAUCCUUCUCCGCAUCCCGGGUACCACUCUGCCUCCCUCUCAGCAUCCUUCCUCCUUCUCCGCAUCCCGGGUACCACUCUGCCUCCCUCUCAGCAUCCUUCCUCCUCAGCAUCCUUCAUCCUUCCCUGCAUCCCUCUCAGCAUCUUUGGGUACCACUCAGCAUCCUUCAUCCCUCUCCGCAUCCCGGGUACCACUCUGCCUCCCUCUGAGCAUCCUUCAUCCCUCUCCGCAUCCCGGGUACCACUCAGCCUCCCUCUCAGCAUCCUUCCUCCUCAGCAUCCUUCAUCCUUCCCUGCAUCCCUCUCAGCAUCUUUGGGUACCAAUUUCAGCAUCCUUCCUCCUUCUCCGCAUCCCGGGUACCACUCUGCCUCCCUCUGACCAUCCUUCAUCCUUCCCUGCAUCCCUCUCAGCAUCUUUGGGUACCAAUUUGAGCAUCCUUCCUCCUUCUCCGCAUCCCAGGUACCAAUUUGGACCAGAGCAUCCUUCAUCCCUUUCUGCAUCCUCAGCAUCUUUGGGUACCAAUUUGGACCAGAGCAUCUUUCCAUCCUUCUCCGCAUCCCGGGUACCAAUUGCAGCAUCUUUCCUCUUCCUCGGCCAAUCGGAUCGCAGGGAAGGCAAGGACCCCUCCCCCUCCCUCUUCCGGAAGCUUCCGGAUCGCCUGGAACCCGGCGCCUGAUCCGUCGAUCGGUUGAUUGA